AUGGAGUGGUUGUCAGAGUUCCAUACCCACUUGUGGAAAAGGGCAGCCGAAGAACUAUUGAACAAGAGAGAGUUUAAACUUCCCAUAAACGAAAGCGAUGACAGCAGAGUCGGCUCCGCCCGCGAUGGCUCAAACGGUGGCACUGUCUCCCAAGUCGUGGGCGACCACGACAAAGACCCAGCGUCAUUGAGCGCCCUUGGUAGCACCUUUGUUCCCGUACUCAUCUACGCCGGCAUUUGUUUGCUCAUCUUCUUUGCAUGUCGGAGGACCAGUACGAGGACGUAUGCGCCUAGGACUAUUAAACAGUUGCGCGAGCCUGAGCAUCCGGCUCCCAAACUGCCCAAUGGGUGGUUCGACUGGAUAAUACCGUUUUGGAAAAUCGAUGAUGAUUACAUCCUCAACAAUUGCUCGUUGGACGGGUACCUGUUCCUCAGGUUUCUGAGGAUCUUGUCGGUUAUUUGCUUCGCUGGACUGGUGAUAUCAUGGCCUAUCUUGCUGCCUAUCAAUGCCACCGGAGGAAAUGUGCAGAGGCAGCUGGAUAAGUUGACCAUGGGCAAUAUCAAGCUGCCGAGCAAGUACUACGCGCAUGUGGUGGUGGCUUGGUUGUUUUUUGGUUUCGUGCUGUUUAUGAUCUGCCGAGAAUGCAUCUACUACAUCAACUUACGCCAGGCAUACCUGCUUUCGCCGAACAUGAGCAAGCGAUUAUCGGCUAGGACGGUGCUGUUUACGUGUAUCCCGAAACCAUAUCUGGACGAGGCGAAGCUACGAAAACUGUUUGGCGACUCGGCGAAGAACAUCUGGAUCCCGAAAAACACCAACUACCUCCGCGGCCUAGUGGAGGAUAGAGAUGAUGUAGCGGAACGGUUGGAAAAGGCGGAAAUCGAACUCAUCAAAAAGGCGAAUACGAUCCGGAUGAAGAACAUCAAGGAAGGAAAGGGCGCGCCAGCAUUCUCGGACGAACUCACGACCGACGACCCACAAUCUUCAAAGACAUCGUCCUUCUCCUUGCAGGACUCGAACGAAUCGACCCAGGAUGGCGAUCUAGAGAAGGGAACUAAAACCGACCCGAUUCGAAUCCGCAUGUCCGAACGCCGAACCGAAGUGCCACCGGUUCCCGUCGAUGAAACCGAAACCCCAGCGACGCUACCCGGCGAAGACCCCGGCGCCCCCAAAAAGCCCGAAGAAGACGAUCUUGGUCCCGAAUAUCAACACCCCUACGGCUACUCUUCUUCCCUCCCCGACGUCCGCGGCUCCGUCGCAGCCAUUUUCCUCCGCGCGAAUGACCGACCCCACCACCGACCUUUGCACAACUUCGGCCGACGCGUUGACACCAUCCGCUGGACUCGAGCCCGCUUGAAGGUCCUCAACCGCGACAUCUGGAAACUCCGCCGCAAGUUCCGCUCCGGCGACGGCCAACCUCUUUCCUCCGCCUUCAUCGAAUUCGACUCCCAAGCCUCCGCCGAAGCCGCCUACCAGAUCCUAGCCCACCACCAACCAAUGCACAUGUCCCCGCGCUACAUCGGCGUGCGCCCCGAACAAGUAAUCUGGUCGUCCCUGCGCAUCCGCUGGUGGGAGCGCAUCAUGCGCCAAUUCCUCAUGCUCGCGCUGGUAGUGGUGGCCAUCAUCUUCUGGUCCUUCCCCUCCGCGGCCGUCGGUAUCGUCAGCAAUAUCGACUUCUUAGCCGAAAAGGUGCCCUUCCUCUUUUGGAUCCCGUUACUCCCCAAGGUCAUCGUGGGCGUCAUUAAAGGUCUGUUACCUGCCAUGGCGCUAAGCAUGUUGAUGGCCAUCGUCCCCGCCGGACUGCGAGUCUGCGCUAGGGUAGCCGGUUGUCCGUCCCACGCGCUGGUGGAGCUGUACUGCCAGAGCGCGUACUUUGCGUUCCAGGUCGUGCAGGUCUUCUUGAUCACGACCAUCACGUCCGCGGCCUCGGCGGCCAUUAUCCAGGUUAUCAAGGAACCGCUUAAAGCGCCGGAUAGGUUGGCGGAGAACUUGCCCAAGGCGAGCAACUUUUACUUGUCGUAUAUUCUGGUGCAGUGUCUCGGUGCGGGCGCGGCCAAGCUGGCGAACGUGGGCGAUUUGUUUCGUCAUGAUGUGGCUGCCAAGUUCGCGGUCGAUCCGAGGAAGAGUUAUAACCGGUGGAGGAAGUUGACGCCGAUUCAUUGGGGAGCGGUAUACCCCCGUUUCACGAACAUGGGCGUCAUUGCCCUGGCGUACUCCUGCAUAAGCCCGCUGAUUCUGGUGUUUGCUGGGUUCGGGAUGCUCUUCGUCAGCUACGUCUAUCGGUAUUCGCUGAUCUACGUCCAUGAUGACUCAGAGCUUGAUACCAAGGGGCUGCUAUACCCAAGGGCACUACUCCAUCUCAUGGUCGGCCUGUACAUCGCCGAGAUCUGUCUCAUUGGCCUCUUCGCGCUCAAGAAAGCCUUUGGCCCUAUGCUCCUAAUGAUCCUCUUCUUCGGCUUCUGCGCUAUAACGCAUUGGUCCCUCAGCUCAGCCCUCUCUCCUCUCCUCGCCAGUCUACCCCAAACCCUCGCCUUGGAAAAACAGCACGGCCAAAUCGCCGAAGACGGCGACGGCGACGGCGACGACCACGUCAACCCCACCCUCGCCGAGCCUACUCCCGGCACCGGUGGCGGCCUAGCAGCAGAUUACUACAACGACCCCACGCCCGGUAUCCCCGCCGAAGUCAUCGGCGGUUCAGCAGCCGAUUACUACGGCUCUACCUCCUUCGACUACUCUGACCCUUCCACCGACGACCCCGAACCCCCCGGCCUCUACGAUGAUGACUUCUCUUCCGGCCCCGAUGGCACAGGCCAACGCAUGCGCGGACUAGAAGGAUCUUCUUCAAUCCGGCACUCCUUGACGCAACUAGCCAAGUCCACUUUAAAAUUGCAACUAUCAACCCUAAAAGCAUCAGCAAACGGCACCGGUCCCCCCGGCCGAUUAUCUCACCUUACCAGGUUCUUGUAUAAAAUCCAUCGCUUCCUAACGCCCGAUCCGACAAUCGAGAACCCAAAUCGCGUCCAAAGGUGGUUACAUCCCUCCGUCUACGCAGACUUUAGGUCCCUCGCCAAAAAAAUCGGGCAAGGGCCGGGACCGGAUAAUUGGGAAUUACCUAGGGGGUAUGAGAAUAAAAGGGGAUACUUUCCGGAAGAAAUGUGGAAGCCUGCUCCCAAGCUUUGGAUACCAAAGGAUGACGGGAGGGUAAGCAGGCAGGAGGUGAGACAUUGUAGGGAGGCGGGGGUUUGGUGUACUGAUGGGGGGUGUUGGUUGGAUGAUGGGAUGGGAGGGGCGCCGUGGGAGGUGCGGAGGAGGGAGAUUGAGGAGGAAGAGAGGAGGAGGGAGGAGGAGGAGGAAAAGGAGAGGGAGAGGAUAGAAAUGGAGAAACGGAAGCGGAAAGAGGAGAUGGAGGAACACGAAGGUGAGGAGGGGGAUGGAGUUAAGGACCCUGGUGAAAAGGGAAUAAUAAACACGGAAGCAGUUGCCGAGGUGGGCAAGAAAGUGAAGGGGAUAUGGAAGGGGGUACAUAAAGAGGCGGCGAAGGUGGGAAAUCAGGCAGCUAAGGUUGGGAAGGAAGCCGCGAAGGUUGGAAAGCAAGCCGCGAAGGUCACGGGGAGAGUGAAGCCGGGGAGGGUGAGGGUGAGGUUUAUCGUGGAGGAUGGCCCGAUGGGCGAGGAGAGGUGGUUGUUCUGA